UCACCAAAUUCACUCUCUUUUCAACAAUCUUUAUUUUUCAAAGUUCUUGUUAAAAAGAGCAAAACACUUAAAACCAUGGUAAUUGUGUUACAGCCAUCCACUUUCGAUAGCAACCUCUAUGUUAACCCAAAAUGCAAACCGAGUCCGGUUUUAAUCCCUGUUAUAGACUUAACCGAAUCAGAUGCCAAAACCCAAAUAGUCAAAGCAUGUGAAGAGUUUGGGUUCUUCAAAGUCAUCAACCAUGGGGUCCGACCCGAUCUUUUGUCCCAGUUGGAGCAGGAAGCCAUCAAGUUCUUUGCUUUGCCUCACUCUCUCAAAGACAAGGCAAGUCCACCCGACCCGUUUGGAUACGGCACUAAACGUAUCGGACCCAAUGGGGACGUAGGCUGGCUUGAGUAUAUUCUUCUUAAUGCGAAUCUUUGCCUUGGCUCUCACAAAACCACAGCCGUUUUCCGGCACACCCCUGCAAUAUUCAGAGAGGCAGUGGAAGAGUACAUGAAAGAGAUGAAGAGAAUGUCGAGCAAAGUUCUGGAAAUGGUAGAGGAAGAGUUAAAGAUAGAGCCAAAGGAGAAGCUGAGCCAUUUGGUAAAAGUGAAGGAAAGUGAUUCGUGUCUUAGGAUGAACCAUUACCCGGAGAAGGAAAAGACUCCGGUCAAGAAAGAGAUUGGGUUCGGUGAGCACACUGAUCCACAGUUGAUAUCACUGCUCAGAUCAAACGACUCGGAAGGUUUACAAAUCUGUGUCAAAGAUGGAACUUGGGUCGAUGUUACACCUGAUCACUCCUCUUUCUUCGUUCUUGUCGGAGAUACUCUUCAGGUGAUGACAAACGGAAGAUUCAAGAGUGUGAAACACAGAGUGGUCACAAGUACAAAGAGGUCAAGAAUAUCGAUGAUCUACUUCGCAGGUCCUCCUUUGAGCGAGAAGAUUGCACCAUUGUCAUGCCUUGUCCCAAAGCAAGAUGAUUGCCUUUAUAAUGAGUUUACUUGGUCUCAAUACAAGUUAUCUGCUUACAAGACUAAGCUUGGUGACUAUAGGCUUGGUCUCUUUGAGAAACGACCUCCAUUUUCUCUAUCCAAUGAGUUUAAAACGUUUUAUGAUGCCAAGUUUGGGAGGAAGAAGCUGCCUGAAGAGGAUUCCAACAAGGACCAACCAGAUGAUGGAUCAUCCAACGGUGAUGUCAACACCAACUCUUCCCAAGUCACCAAUUCAGCUCAGGAUGGUAACACAGGCUUGGCCAAUGGCAAUGUUAUUCGCGAGAAGCCGAAAAAGUCCAUGUUUCCACCUUUUGACUCUGCGGAAACUCGUACUCUCGCUGAGAGUUUGAGUAGGGAUAUCAUCCGUGGGAAUCCAAAUAUCAAGUGGGAAAGCAUCAAAGGUUUGGAGAACGCGAAAAAGCUGCUCAAAGAAGCUGUGGUGAUGCCUAUAAAAUACCCCACGUACUUUAAUGGUCUACUAACUCCAUGGAAAGGAAUUCUUCUUUUUGGCCCUCCUGGUACUGGAAAGACUAUGCUUGCAAAGGCUGUUGCUACAGAGUGCAAUACAACAUUCUUCAAUAUCUCAGCCUCAUCUGUUGUUAGCAAAUGGAGAGGUGAUUCUGAGAAGUUGAUAAGAGUUCUGUUCGAUCUAGCUAGGCAUCAUGCACCUUCGACAAUAUUUCUUGAUGAAAUCGACGCGAUCAUAAGCCAACGUGGUGGUGAAGGCCGCAGUGAACAUGAAGCUAGCAGGCGUCUCAAAACCGAGCUGCUCAUUCAGAUGGAUGGGUUACAGAAAACAAAUGAGCUCGUAUUUGUUUUAGCAGCAACAAAUCUCCCCUGGGAACUAGAUGCAGCUAUGCUCCGGCGUCUUGAGAAACGAAUUCUUGUACCUUUACCGGAUCCAGAAGCAAGAAGAGGAAUGUUCGAGAUGCUCUUGCCGUCACAACCAGGCGAUGAGCCAUUGCCUCAUGAUGUGCUGGUUGAGAAAUCUGAGGGCUAUUCUGGUUCAGACAUUCGAAUACUUUGUAAGGAAGCUGCGAUGCAACCACUGAGACGCACAUUGGCUAUUUUGGAAGACAGAGAAGAUGUUGUGCCUGAAGAAGAGUUGCCAAAAAUUGGACCCAUCCUACCAGAAGACAUUGAUCGAGCUCUGAGUAACACUCGACCAUCGGCUCAUCUGCACGCCCAUCUUUACGAUAAGUUCAAUGAUGAUUAUGGUAGCCAAAUUCUUAAGUAAAUUCGAUGUAAGCUGUACAUCUAUGUCAUCUAGAACUUGAUCAUUAUUUGUAUGGAAGCAUCCAAAUUACGGAUGCUCAAAGAACUUGAAGUUUUAAAUUAUGAAUAAAUGCUCCUAGUUGCU